GCGACGCAGCGCUCCCAGGUUGCGAAAGACCACCAGCCAUUCUCUCCUUUCGGAGCCCCAUUUUUCCUGAAGAGAACCAUUUUUUAUCAGGGUGGGUUACCAACGAGCAACAACGGACGGGCAGAGGAGCCAGGGGGGUGCUUCUCGCUCCGUGGGAGGAAGGGACGACUUACGUUCCCUGUCCAGCAGCAAAAGGCGAUGGAUCCCUCCUUCUAGCUUGAGACGAGAUGCACUUACCCCAGACAACAAAUAUGACCUCACUUUCCGAAAGGUUCGAGGUGUUCUCAACAAACUCGCCCCCGAGAAGUUUCAUAAGCUAAGCAAUGACAUCCUAAAUGUAGGCCUCGAUUCAACAACAAUUCUGAAAGGGGUCAUUUUGUUGAUCUUCGAAAAGGCCCUAGAUGAACCGAAAUAUUGUUCUAUGUACGCACAGCUGUGCAAGCGGCUGUCAGAAGAGGCUCCUAACUUUGAUCCACCAGACGGACCUUGUACUUAUAACCGCCUACUUUUGAGCAAGUGCCAGGAUGAAUUCGAGCGUCGGCGACGUGCCUCGGAGGCAUGGGACGGAUCGGAGGAGGCGGUCCUCACCCCAGAACAAGAGGAAGAACGAACAGCAGCAAAACGCAAGAUGGUCGGCAACCUCCGUUUCAUUGGAGAGCUUGGCAAGCUGGAGAUUAUUCACGAGUCCAUCCUUCAUCGCUGCAUCCAACAGCUAGGAUGGGCUGAUGCAGCGGAGUUGACUACACAACGCACGAGAAGCAUAAACAAACAGAUGCUGUUGGAGAAGCGUCGGCGUCGACCAAUGGUUGACUUGGCUGAGGAUCUGGAGUGUCUGUGCCAGAUAAUGAGGACUUGCGGAAAGGUGCUAGACAAGCCCAAGGCUAAGCCCUUAAUGGAUCAGUACUUUGAGCGCAUUUACCAGCUGAGCAGCAACAUGGAACUUUUGGCACGUAUCCGCUUCAUGCUGCAGGAUGUGCUGGACUUGCGUGCUGCAAACUGGAUCCCUCGUAAGAUUGCCCAGGUGGAUGGCCCACGUACCAUUCGUCAGGUGCGUGAGGAAGCAGCACACGACCUUGGUGUUUACAUCCCACCACCUUCAUCGCACGGACCACCACGGUCAUCAGGACCCCUCUCUCCUCUGGCUGGUGGCUCAUCCUUUUUCCCACAGCCGGGAGGGAAUCGCACAGGCAUGGAGGAUGUAUUUAUGGGAGCAGUGACUUUAGGUACAGGACCUGGAGUCAUAUCCUCUCAGCCUGACAAGUAUGGUUUUGACUCAAAUGGAUUUGGCUCUGGUGUCAGUGGAGGAGGAAGCUAUAGACCACGUCAACAGCAAGGGAACAAACACUUCAACAACCAGAACUUCAGCAGGCAACAGCAGAACAACCAGUAUAAUCAGCAGCAGAAUUACACCAAUAUCCCCACUAAGGAUUUGCCUCCACGCUUCAAGAAGAUUCUAAGCCAUACAAAUGCAGGAGGAACUGGUGGGUCGGAUGGAGAAGUUUCAUUGCGUCCUGCUGCCUCGAGCAUGAUGUUGAAGCCCAAGACUCCGGGGGUGCUGCCACAGAGUGCCCUGGGCAUCCAGCAGAGUAGUGACCAUCAAUACCGUGACCAUCAGUACCAUCACCAUUCCAGCCUUCCUCUUGCUCCACAGCCCCAACCACCCAACCAGAAGCCCAAUCCACCACUUAUGCACAAAGAUCCUCCUAUUCUCAUCAAGCAAGCAUCAACUGACAAAUCUCGUGCCAACAAGAAGGAUAGGGGCCCAAGUCGUGAGGAGUGGCUUCGGCGUGUGAAGAAUGUGUUUGAAGAGCUCAUGAAGGAGCAGAAUUUGGAAGUGGCAGUUGAAACCUACCGCUCCCUCAAACUACCAGAACGUCAUACUGCCGAGGCUGUGCAAACUGUUAUCAAUUUUCUCCUCACUCAAGAAGAGAGCAACCGUGAGUUGGGUAGUCAGCUGUUCGAUAGAUUCCGUAUUGAGGGUCUUAUUAAUGUUGACCGUCUCUUUGAUGGAGUCAAGCAGGUUCUUGGUCGGCUGGAUGACUUGGUUACGGACAUCCCUCGUGUCAAGUCCCACAUGGCCGGAAUCCUGGGUCACCUGGUAGGGUCAGGAAAUUUAUCAUUAGCUGAUGUGGCUGAACCUUUGGAAGGAGGUCAACACUUCCCACUGUUCCUGCUCACCCUCCAGACCUUGCACAAACUUCAGGGAAAAUCUGCUCUUAUUCAAACCUUCAAUGAUAGCAAGGUAAACCUUCUCAACUUGCUACCUGAAUCUGAUCGCACCAAGGAAAAGUUAGCGGACCUUCUUGAAGACCGCGAUCUUUCCUUCUUGUUCCCACUUUUACGCAUCCAGUCUGACUUGUGGCGAGCCCUUAUUGCCGAUCCUACACCACAUCUGUUUUACAAGUACAUCAAGGACACGCUGGAUGUAGAGCACCACACUGCUCCAGGAUUUAUCAGUGCUUUAAUGACUGUCUUGGUAAAAUAUAUAACACAGGAAACUACUUUAUCUACCGGAUCUGACCCAACAGUCAUCCCAGAGAAACUAGUUACCGAACAAGAGCAGGAACUUCUAGCAAAGUUCAAGGGUGUGUUGCAGGCUUUCCUACACGACCAUCUUCCUCUUCAGGUCACGGCUGUGUAUGCUUUGCAGGUCUUCACGUACACACACAAUUUUCCCAAAGGCAUGUUGCUGAGGUGGUUUGUGAAUCUGUACGACUUAGAGAUUAUAGAAGAGGAUGCCUUCUUGACUUGGAAGGAGGAUUUAAGCCAGGACUACCCUGGCAAAGGAAAAGCACUCUUCCAGGUGAAUCAAUGGCUUACUUGGCUGCAAGAGACAGAAGAGGAUGAUGAAGAGGAAGAGGAUGCCUGAUUUUCUCAUUAGUUUCAUUAUAUGAACAAGGAAUAAUGAUAAGUGAAUGUUAAAGAGAAUGUUGGGAGAUGGAAACAAAUUACUGGUACAGUAUAAGAUACAGCUACUAUAUAAGUAAAAUGAAAGGAGAACUAAAGAAUUCAACCCCUUGCUCUGAGGAGACUGUCUUGUUUCUAGGCUUCAUGGGUAUUAAAUCCUAUUAUUCUCUCCUGUUGUUGCUGCUGUUGUGUGUGCCCGUAGAGGCAGAGGCAGUCAGAACUCCUGGGAACAAGGCUUUAACUAGUGCUGUUGGAUGAGGUAACUACACAAGCUUAAUGAAACUGGAUUUGAAGUAAGAGCAUUGGAAAAUAGUGAGUUUUGGCCUUUAAUGGCAAAGGAUUUUGGAAUCUUUUUGACUAACACCAAAGUGUUUUCAAAACAAUGUCAUAUGCUGGUGAAAAAAUGUGUAAAAAGACAAAAAAAGAGGAAAAAUGUCCUAAAAAACUGAAAUGAUGCCUUAGUGUUGUAUGAGUUGCUACAUAAUCUCUUGUAAUCCAUUUAUUGCUUCUCAAGCUGUCAUCACUAAAUGUUUAUAGUUACAAAAUUAGCAAGCACUUUAAUAUUUAAACGUUUUUAAACCUUUGUGGCUGAUAUUUUUAUGUAAUGGUUAGCCUUUUUUUUUUUUUUUUUUUUUUUUUUUUGUCAUUUUCUUUUACCAAAAUACAUGUUAUACAUUGGAUGAAAUGAAUCAUGGUGAACUGGAGGUGAUAUCUCUUAUUUAUGAGAAUUACAAUGUUAGACUUUUCAUUUUGUUCACGAAUAUUAAGUGUGUGUGUGUGUGUAACAAGUGUGCAAGAUAAAUUUUUUAUCAAAGGUUUCCCCAUUCUUGUUAGGAGUGUUCUUGGGUUAAACGUUACAAGGUUUGUCAACGUUUGGGUUAAAUCACUACAUUUUUCAAUUUCCAGAGUUCUAAAUAUCAUGGGGAUAUUGUCUUCAAAACUUUAGGCAUUGAAUGACUGAGUAAAUCAUUCCAUAAUUACUAGCCUGGAGUUUGGAUGUCCAUUUUCACUACUUGGCUGUCAUUGCCUGCAGCUUUAGCACUGACCAAUAAAUAUCUCACUGAAAGUGUUUGCAUUCCUUAGAUUUUAUAUAAAUUGUAAUUGUGUUACAUAUGAAAUGUCAGACUGUUGCACUAAAGGCUGUUUCAUACCUUUUACUCUGUACUUCAUGUAUGAACUAUAAACAUUAUCAAGUUUUGUAUCA